CAAGCUCCCUGCUCCUGCUUCCCUGCUCUCCGCGGCGGAAUGAGCGAGCACUACCCCUCUCCACGCCCCGCGCGGCUCCUGGCGCGCCGCGGCCCGCAGCAACAGGCGCCUCCCUGGGACAGGAACCCGGGGAACUUCCUGCCCUGCAAGGCUGCGCUGCUGGAAGCCUUGAAGCGCGCGGAGGAGGAGGCGGCGGCUGCGCGCACAGACGCCGCCAGUGCCCGCCGCCUGGCCGAGACAGCUCGGCAGGAACUCGCGGAGAGCUACCGCGAGAACGCUGCCUGCAACUUCGAGCUUGUCCGCGACCUCCUCCAGGCUCGCCGCGAAGCCCAGGCGGAGGCGGACGACGCAGCCGAGGCCCGCGCGGCCCUGCAGGACGCGGAGGCGCGCCAGGAGGCUACUGUGGCGCGGCUCCGCGAAGAACACCACGCUGCACGCGCCGAGGACGCGCUGGAGGCCACGGAGGAACACCUGCAGAAGACCAAGAGGAUCCGGGCCAACUACCACCUCGAGGUCGGCCACAAGACUGCUCUGAUGACUCAAAUCAACACCCUCUCCGACCAGCUCGAGGCCUCACGAGAGAAGGCCGCCAGCUACAAGGACGAGCUGACAGAGACGAAGGCGGAGCUGGCGGCGCAGCGCCAGCGCACUGGAGCGCAGCAGCCGGCGGAGCGCAGCAGGCGCUGCUGGGGCGGCAGCGGGCGCUGGUGAAGGCCCAGAAGCCCUGAGCGGAGG